AAUGCUUCUAAAUGGCAAGCCCUCGAAGCAAUGUCAGCAAUGAUUAUAAAGAAGAGGCACAUGAUAUACAGCAUAAACAUAGGCCUUUGCUGAAGGAUCUGGUGAAGGAACUUGACUCUGUUGUUGACUGGCAACUGCUUAUGAUCAAUGGAAGCAGAGAAGUUUGAAAAUGAUAAAAUAGAGAAAAAUUUCCCGAACGAUAUUGAUUGACAAAAACAGGAGGCCUUUGACAAGUGGUUGAGGAGGAAACCUGAUGCUUGUUGGAAGGAUGUUAUUGUUGCUCUGUAUAAAAUUAAAGAGGAUACUCUAGCAUUUCGUCUUGCUAAAAAGUACCCCUGCCACUGGAAAGAUCCAAGGGGAUCUGUAAAUGGGAGCUUUUUAUGCACCUCUUAUGAUGCUCUCAUUACCGCCAAGAAGAUGGAUGAAAUUCAUCGAAAAUUUCUUCCUCAACUUGCUCCUGGACUAGAUUACUACAUAUUUGAAGAUAAAUCAGUAGAACUAAUGAAUGAAAGAUCAGCAGCAGAAAGGACAACUCGAUUCUCACGUAUCUUACUGAACGUUCCUUUCAAAGUUGGGCUUGAAGCAAGACCAGGAGAACUACUUCCCGCUAAUUCAACUAACCAGAAGUGGAUCGAGUCUAAAUCGGUUCGAAAAGCAGCAUUCAACACCCAAUCAGUAGUAGAAAGGACAACUCGAUUCUCACGUGUCAAGGUUCCUUGUUCCAAAGGUCUGGAAGAUUUCUUUAAGAGCGUUGAAGAUAGUGGCAUUAAAGGUGCCUUCAAAGUUGGGCUUGAAGCAAGGUAUAACAUAAGUACCAUUGUAAUGAUGCAUAUGUUCCAAGAUUAUAGGUUUGGAAAUAUGUACUGGAAACUGAAACCGGGAGAACUACUUCCCGCUAAUUCAACUAACCAGAAGUGGAUCGAGUCUAAAUUGGUUCGAAAAGCAGCAUUCAACACCCAAGUGGAAGAAGCUGAUGUUGGGCAACUGUUUGUUGGGAGAGAGCAGCUCGGGAAAGAGGUCACUAAAAUAUCUGUGACGUUCAACGUGGAAGGUCAAGAUGAAGGGAGAUAUUCGGCUGCCAUUGCUGCAUAUGAAGAUGGUGACAUGUUUUGCCUGGAUGCUGUGUACAGAAAACAACCCCUUGAAAACAGAGCAAGAUUAAGUAUUGCUCUACCAGGACGAAAGUAUGACUUGAGGAUAUCUGAUUGUUCUGAGUGCAUCUUGUUGUCUGAGCACCAAAACAGUAUACCCUAUCAGAUGGCCCUAACCAUUACUAAUGCAUUGUGCAGACUUCCUGAUAGAAAACUUUGUGUCAUUCUCCAUGGAUCAUUACCAAAUGAUGAUGUGAGCUCCUCUUGGAAGGUUGAGUACAUUCGACAGCGUGUGCAAAGGCAGUACAAAUGGAAUCCUGACAAAAAGUGGAUUCUGGUCCGGUAUAAUGUUGACGUCUUUGAAUAUGAUACUAAUCAGGAUCUUGUCAACACUGCCACAGUGAAUGAAAAACAGAACAUUAAGUUUGACUACUCAAGAAACGAAGUCGAACUUUGGGGUCAAAAGAUAUACCCAAGAAAUGUCAGUGACACUCACCCCUCAAAAGACAAGUACUACUACAUGGAAGGGAUUGAGGGAGUGCGACUGCCUGGGGGGGAACUCAGGGAGCCAUACAAUUGGACCACUGAGAAACUGUUGAAAGAUUUCGAGGAGUUUCUGGGAGAUGCAUUCAAGAUUGCUCACAUCCUCGAUGGGUCACCAUACUGAAUUGUGCUAAGAGCAUUGUUUUAUACUGUUUUAGCUGUAGUAUUAUGCACCAUUAAUAACGUUUAUUCACAUAGCCAUAGCCUUGUCCCCAACCUAUAUAUAGCGCUCCAUUAGACAAAUUAAACGUCGGCCUGUUAACGAGGCUAUAUAUUAUAAUAAUAUUAUAAUUAUAACUCUGUGCAUAACGUUGCUGAGAG